AUGUCAAUUAACAGAAUACAGAAACUGUUAUUUUCUGAAUAUUGCGAUUUCGAAGACAUGGUUUUAGUUGAAAGUCCAUUUGCUGAAACCACGAGGGACGGGAAAGGACUUAGACAAGUACAUCUUGGUUUAACUCCAUCAAAAUUGGUAUUAGCAACGGAUAUCAUACCAAUAGCAGAAGAUACGUCAGUCACCUACAUGGCUGGUGUAGAUCCAGAUAUUGAAACUUUUGAGCUAAUUGCAGUUUAUCCAAUUGAUUGUGUUAAUUUGAGUGUGUUCCAUCGAAGAAAAAGACAAUCACUGAAAGCACGAUUUUGUAAUAACAAAAUCUUAUAUUUCGAGCUGGGUGGUUUCGAGAAACGCAACAUGUUUUGGAACCUAUGGUGUGAAAAGGUGAAAUUUUUAAAUCCGCAAGAUCCUUCUUCGUCGCAUUCUGAAACAUCUGUUGCCACGUCGACAACAAAUAGCACUCUGUACUUGAUAUCUAGUAAACGUUUUGCAAAGGAAACUGGAGUACAGCUUUGGUGUCGAUAUGCAUCUGCAGAUACAAUUGGUAUAACGCCGCCAAAAUGGACAGAUAAGCAUCUAUAUUUAGGUAAACAUUUUGAUGAAUCUCCUUUAAAAUAUACACCUGGAUCUAUGCAUCCUACAGUCGAACAAUUUGUACGUGCGAAAAGAAGGAAAAAAACAAUUUUUAAUAAUAAAGCUCUAAUCUCUUCUCUAAUCCGCGAUGAAUUUGGCGACGUUGAUGAUGAUGAUGAAGAAAAUGAUAAUUUUAACUUCAUGGCAAUUGAUGAAAACAAGGCUUUAAUAAAUAGAUUUUCGAUGGGCGUUACUGAAAAAUGCGAAGCAGCAUUGUGUUUACCAAACAAGAAAGUCUCCUCUGAUUUUUUAAUUAGCGAGGAGUCUUCAUCUGUUCAAUCUAUAGACACUGUGUUGUGUAUGCAAUUCGAAGAGGAAAAACGUGACAAAGAUCUUAACGAAAUGGCAGAAACAGCCGUGCAAUUAUGGGAAUUUUACAAAACUUCACCAUCGAGUUUGAGUAAACGAGAAAGAAGGCACAGACGGAGAUUCGCAAUUUCACCGCAGCCCCAUUUUUUUCAUGGACUUGGACCAUGGAAUGUUAACCACGGAGAACGAUUUUCGUUGCAAAUGAAAAGGGCAGUGUCGGUAGUUGCUAUAAAACGGCAACCGUUGGAAGCAGAAUUACGAUUGUCUAUAUCAAAACGUCAGCUAAUAGCAUCCAUAUCCUGCGAGACUUUAUAUAAAAAUGAAAAAUGGAUAAAUAAUAGUAAUAACAUAAUCAGAAUGCCUCCAAAGUUACCUAUGAUACUCUUUUGGACACCAGAAUAUUGGUACAGACCUAGAAGUGCCAAGGACUCAUAUCAAGAACUUCAAGAACAUAUGAAAAAAAUUAGAUUAUAUCAUCAACGCAUAACAUCAAAAGCUAGAAAACGUCGUCUCAGUCGUCUCAGUAUGUCUUAUAGACGACGAAGCGUUGUUAUUAAAAGUCCUGAUGAAAACACAGAUACUGAAACUGAUGAAAACACGAAAAGAAAUAAAUCAAGAAGAUUAUCAUUUGUAGCGGCAUUCAGGAAUUCGUUCAAGAGCGAUAAAGAAUUGUACGACAAGGAAACAUCGUUGCAGUUCUUAAAAAGGGUUUUGAAAAUGGAAAUAUCCCUAACGGCAUGGGAUUUUGAUUCAAAUACAUUAGCUUAUCAAUUGACUUUAAUUGAUAAAGAACUAUUUUUGAAAGUAACACCUUCUGAAUUUGGAAUUCUAUUAUGGCAGCAAUCUUCAAAAAAUGCACCAAACAUAGGAGCUUUAAUCGCAUUUUCACAUAGAAUAAGCUGCCUUGUCGUUACAGAAAUAUUGAAAGACGAUUCAGAGAAGAUACGAGCUAGAUUGGUUGCGAGAUUAAUAAACACGGCUGAAAAGUGUAAUAAAAUAGCAAACUUUCAAUCUUGUCGGAGUGUACUUUGUGGUUUACAGAGUCCCCCAAUAUAUAGGCUAUAUUCAAUGUGGACAUACAUACGAAAACGGCACUCAUCUAAAUACGAAACAUUUGAAAAAUUAUGUAGAAUAUAUAGAGAUCCGAGAUUAUCAAACUACCAAAAAACGUUUUAUAUCGCUAGUAAAGAUUCCCCUUGCUUGCCAUUUAUAGGCGACCUAAUUGGAAAAUUACUGGACAGAAUACCAGAAUAUGAUUGCUCAGUGGCAAAUACACUUGGAAUUAAAAUAGCAGUUAAGCAGAAAAAAACUAUUUUAACGGGUGACGAAAAAAGAGACGAUAUUCCGUCGUUGCUAAGAAAGUUACUGAGUUCAAUGAAAAUGUGGCAACCAGAGCCCGAUAAAGAUGAAUGUAAAUGUGAUAUAAUCCCUGGGAAUGAGAAAAUAAAUCAGUUUAAGAGUUUGUCGGAUUAUUACAAACCGCUCGACUACUACGAAGAUAAUAGACUGCAAUGCCUGGAAGAGAGCAUAGAAUUGUUAGAAAAAUAUCAAAAAUCUGCUUCACACUACAUUUACACAAAGAAUGACUUAGCUAGAGAGUAUUUAUUAAAAGCAAGGUAUAGAGAAGAUAAAGAGAAUUUUGCUCAUUCUUUCACUAUAGAAGCCCUAAAUACUGAUUAGUUAUUAUUAGGGUAAUAAAACUGUAUUAGUAAUUGGACUUCAACAAAUAUAAUCUAUCUUAACUUAA